UUGCGCAUCUUCUCCUUUUCGCGUGGCUGGUGCGUCGUCUUCGUCAACCUGGUUCCUUAACUACUAAUCAAUCCUUCCUAAAAGAUAUUCUGCGAAUUUAGUUAUUCUCUCUCUCUCUUUAUCUCUGUCUGUCUGAAGACUGCAACUCCCAGUGAGCUGUGCUGACAUGGGUGGCGAUGGCAGAGAUACAGGGCAAGAAGAAGACUUCUUACUCGACCAAGACUCCUCCCAACUUUCAUCACAAAUUCUAAGUGAUGGUCUUAGUGUCAAGGAUGCUGUGCUGGAUCAACAAAAUGCGCCGGUUUUUCGAAAUUUUGGCGGAUUGGGAAGUCAAAAUUCUUCUGCUUCUGUGGAUUUUGAAGCUGAUCAGAGGAGGGAAAGUGUUUAUAGGAAAAUUUUGCAGGGUUAUGAUGACUUGCGGAUUCGAAGCAAAGAUUUGGAAGAAGCCAAAAGCAAAAUCUUGAGCUACCGCCCAGGUGCGUGGAUUGAUAGAGUAGGUUCUGUGAAGCCGAGGAAUUAUGAUGUGCCAAAGACGACAACGCUUUUAUUGGUUGGUCCAAAAGGAUCUGGAAAGAGCAGUCUUGUAAAUAGAAUAUCGAAAGUGUUUGAAGAUGACGAGUUUGCCUCUGAAAGAGCCCAAGUAUCAUAUAAUUCAUCUGUUGGAGAAGGAACUGUUUUCCUCCACGGAUAUAUGAUACCAAGAUGUUCGAGUUCUUUUUGCCUUUAUGAUACCCGAAGUUUGUCCGAUAAUUCACUCGAAAACAUAAUAAUACUGAAGCACUGGAUGGAAAAUGGUGUUCGUAAUGGGGAGCUUGUUAUGAGGGAUUCAGACAGUCAAAGUUUGAGGAAUACGAUGAUGUACAAAGCUCGUGAUGAUGGUUAUCUGUCCAGUGAGAUCAGGAGCGUUAAUUUUGUCAUAUUUGUUGUUAAUGGCCUCUCAGUUCUGAAAUCAAUGGAAGGCGAUGAAGAUGCAGAGACACGAUAUACCGAAAUGAUCGCCUCAGCUUUCAACUCUGGAUACUUGGCAUUUAAAGAUGAUAAACCCCUUCUUGUCGUCACACAUGGUGAUUUACUUUCACUUGAUGAACGUGCUCGUGUUCGUGUCCAUUUGGGAGAACUGCUUGGUAUUCCUCCCACAACUCAAAUUUUUGACAUCCCAGUAGAAAGCAGUGAUCCGGUAACUGAGUUGACAAUAGUUGACAUGAUACGCUAUUCGCUUGAGCAUGCCGAGAAAAAUCUUCCUCGUAGAAGAAAGGUUGAUACUUUGUCACUGUUACCGUGUAUGCUCCUGCUAAUAUUCCUCAGCAUCGCCACAAAUAUAUGGUCUAUGAAUCAUCUUCCAGAUAUUCAGCACGGCCCUUCGCCUCAAGCGCAUAUUCAGUACGGCUACUGCCCUUUGCCGCAAGCGCAUACUCAGCACGGCUACUGCCCUUCGCCUGAAGCACAUAUUCAGCAUUGCCAUGGCUCUUCACCCCAAGCACAUAUUCACGAUAACCUUUCACCCCCUUCACCGUCUUCAUCCACCUUGCUCCAAGAACAUAUUCAGCAUGAUCCUUCGCCCCAAGCACAUAUUCAGCAUUGCCAUGGCGCUUCACCCCAAGCACAUAUUCACGAUAAUCCUUCACUCCCUUCACUAUCUUCAUCCACUUUGCCUCAAGAGUAUAUUCAGCAUGAUCCUUCACCUCAAGCACAUAUUCAGCAUUGCCAUGGCCCUUCACCCCAAGCACAUAUUCAUGAUAACCCUUCACCCCUUUCACCCCCUUCACCGCUUUCAUCCGCUUUGCUCCAAGAGCAUAUUCAGCAUGAUCCUUCGCCCCAAGCACAUAUCCAGCAUAGCCAUGGUCCUUCACCCCAAGCACAUAUUCACGACAACCCUUCACCGAUUUCAUCCCCUUCACCGCCUUCAUCCCCUUCGCUCCAAGAGCAUGUUCAGCAUGAUCCUUCAGCGGAAGAGCAUAUUUACAAUGGCCCUUUGCCGAGAGUAGAACUUCUCAAGAUUAAAAAGAAACUUCAUCAGACCAGAACGAAACUUCAUCAGAAGAUCAGGAUCGAAUGGAGUAAAAUCCGACACUUGUGGUUAGAUGACUAAGUUAUUUUGUUUCAAUGUCUUAUAACUCGCUCCUAUAUAGUAUAAUCACAUUGUUCCAGGUCGGAAAGAUGUAUACAUGCACCUGUUAAGUGCUGAUGUUUAUAUGGUUUUGUAAUUUGUAUAUGCACGUUCAAUCUUUUUCGCUUCAAGCGAAGGCCUUCGUUGGUAAUGUUGUUCAUUCUCUGCA